AUGGCCGAACCAAGGGACGAGACCAGCGGCACCGUUUCCGAGCCUCUUGAUCUCGUGCGCCUGCUCCUAGACGAGGUGGUGUGUGUGAAGUUAAGAGGCGACCGGGAACUCAAGGGCCGGCUUCACGCAUAUGACAGUCACUGCAACUUGGUUCUAGGGGAUGUGGAGGAAACGAUCUAUGUGGUGGACGAGGAGGACGAAGAGGAUGUGAAGACCAUAAGCAAAAAAUCAGAGAUGUUAUUCGUGAGAGGCGAUAGUGUCGUCCUUAUCUCGCCACAAACGGUCUCCUUCUAA